GCCAGCGAGCGUCCCACCCAAAAGUCCAAAGCCCCCCCACCAGCCAGCCACCAUCCUCCUCUUCCUCGAAACCGUCGAACGCACGCACCGCGCCGCCGCGUAGCCUCGCCUCGCCUCACCGUCGCCGGCCGCCGAUUCGACGCGACGCGGCUUCGAAUCUGGAAAAGGCACCGAUGGGGGCGAAGCGGGCGGUGCUGGUGGGCAUCAACUACCCGGGCACCAAAGCGGAGCUCAAGGGGUGCCACAACGACGUCGCUCGCAUGCGCCGGUGCCUCGUCGACCGCUUCGGCUUCGACGAGUCCGGCAUCCGCGUCCUCAUCGAUGACGGCUCCGCGCUGAAGCCCACGGGGGCCAACAUCCGGCGGGAACUCGCGCGCCUCGUCGGGGACGCGCGGCCCGGGGACCUGCUCUUCUUCCACUACAGCGGGCACGGCACACGGCUGCCCGCCGAGACCGGGCAGGACGACGACACCGGAUACGACGAGUGCAUCGUGCCCUGCGACAUGAACCUUAUCACAGACCAAGAUUUCACGGAGCUUGUGCAAAAAAUCCCCAGUGGCUGUCUCUUUACCAUAGUUUCUGAUUCGUGCCACAGUGGUGGACUACUUGACAAGACGAAGGAACAGAUUGGCCACAGCACCAAGCUGAACCAGACCCAGCGCCGGGAACUUGAAGAACGGCCUGCUUCUGACACUAGCUUCCGGGAAUUCCUCAAAGAUACUGUUCGGGACGUGUUUGAGUCUAAAGGAAUUCACCUGCCCCACCGUAGCCAUAGCCACCGGCAAGGUCACGGUGACGACGAUGAUGCUGAAGAGUCACGCUACAUCAACACAGCCGAUGCCCAUGUCAAAAACCGGUCGCUACCUCUCUCGACAUUGAUCGAGAUGCUCAAGGAGAAGACUGGGAAGGAUGACGUUGAUGUAGGCUCAAUCCGGCUAACACUAUUUAACCUCUUUGGAGACGACGCCAGUCCGAAGAUAAAGAAGUUCAUGAAGGUCAUGCUGAACAAGUUACAGCAGGGACAGCAUGGUGGCAUUGUGGGCUUCAUGGGCGCCCUGGCACAGGAAUUCCUGAAAGCCAAGCUUGAUGGCAAGGAAGAAGAGCUCGACCCAGCCAUGAAACAAAAUGUGCACAGCGACCAAGAGGUGUAUGCCGGGACGACGGCGAGGGUGCCAAGCAACGGUGUCCUGAUCAGUGGGUGCCAGACCGACCAGACGUCUGCGGACGCGACCACACCGAAGGGUGUGUCCUACGGUGCGCUCAGCAAUGCCAUCCAGGCCAUCCUCUCGGAGCGCGGGAAGGUAACAAACAAGGAGCUCGUGCUGAAAGCGCGCAAGAUGCUGUCGAAACAGGGCUACACCCAACAGCCUGGGCUCUACUGCAGCGAUGAGAAUGCGAGUGUGGCUUUCAUAUGCUGAUUCAUUGGGUUUGUCCUAUGGAUUGCAAUAUUUGUAUAUUGUCACUUUAUGGUGUCCAUGUGAGGUUGACUGGUGGUUAUGUUUUUCGAUGAAAUUUGGGAAUGGAUUGUUUCUUCGCAGGAUGACAUUCUUUGAGGUUACUAUGUUUAACCACAUUGACUUUUCAAAGAAAAAAAA